AUUGAUUGAUUUAUUGAAUUCCAACGAAGAAACAGAAGAAUCCACGCCUCAAUUUAAACCUAUAAAUGACGAAGCUAUCGAAGAUUUGAGUAAAAUAGCGGCUUGGUUGGUCACAGAAGCCCAAUCUAAAGAUUUUAUGAAUGUGUACAGUCAAAUUCGAUCAAGUGUCUUAAUGAAGACCUUACAAGGAUUAGUCGAGGGACAUUCACUAGGAAAGAUAGAAAGUUAUUCACCUGCCAACAUUAUGAUCAGUCCGAAGUUGAAACAGUUAAGCGGCAUCACUCCUCAAAGAAAAUCAACUAUGAAAAGAAAUCUUGUGCGUCGUGUGCCAUCGAAAGCGUUUGAAUACACAGGAAAUCGGAAAGUCAACUCACCUGCUGCAAUGUUUGAUUCGUCAACAUCCAAAGAGGAUGAAGAUGAGAUAGAAGCUGGUCGAUUCAUCACUCUUUCUGCGGCACUUUUAAAACUUCUCCAGAGUGAACGGACAUUGAUCAGUUUGAUCAUUUGUAAAGAACAUAGAGAUGGUAUUUUUGACGUUCUCAUUCAAAAUUUGAUUGAAACGUUGAUUUUCGAGGGAGAAGUCAUGGAAAACUCGGCACGAAAAUUAAUUGCGAAAAGAGAAUAUUUCUCUCUGUUGCCUCUUCUUCCCGUGCUCAAGUAUGUUAAAUCUGUGUUGCCCUUGUUCUCUCAAGCAUUACAGGGAGUUCGUAAUCCAACUCAGCAAGCAAUCCCAAAUCUUUUUGUUAAUUUGGAGUCCGUGGGAGCUAAAGCUUUGGAUGACUUUACUGAAAAUAUCAAGCAUGACCCUGACAAGCAAUCAAAUAUGCCUAAAGAUGGCACUGUUCAUGAACUCACAAGCAAUACGUUGAUAUUUCUUGAGCACCUGCUGGGAUAUACGGACACUGUUGGAAAUAUGCUCUUAAACUCAGAAUCUGUAAUGGAUCCACGAAUUGGUGACAGUGUAUCACCUAAAACUCUUGUUGCUCGAUACUUUGGUCGUGUUCUUGGUGCUCUUGGAUUAAAUCUUGAACUGAAGUCGAAAAGUUACGUUACAAUGUUGGGUCAAGUUGCCCUGUCUGGGAUAUUCUUAUUAAACAAUUAUAACUACAUUUUGAAAGGAUUGCAGAGGUUAGUGUCUUUAAUAUUUUAUAACAUACACUUCUCAAUGACUGACUACCGUAAAAUAGUUAGAGAUUAGAGAAUUUGAAUUUUAUCAUUUUUAACACUAUAUAAAACUGUGUCGGAAUUCAUAAAAUAAAAAUUCGAUCUAAA